GUGCUCUCCCCUCAGUUACCCGGAUACAGAUUAGCUAUAUAUUCUGGAUAAUAAUAGGCGGAUGUUGUAGUUCCAAGUAGCAGUCGGUUCUUGGCUGUGGGUUAUUUCAUUUUUGUGCUGCAGUGUCGGAAAUUGUGCGUUUUAAAAAAUGGCUGGCGGAAAAGCAGGAAAGGACUCGGGGAAGACCAAGACGAAGGCGAUAUCGCGCUCGCAGAGAGCAGGACUGCAGUUCCCGGUGGGUCGCAUCCACAGACACCUCAAGUCGAGGACCACCAGCCACGGGCGAGUGGGAGCCACCGCAGCGGUGUACAGCGCGGCGAUCCUCGAGUACCUCACGGCCGAGGUGCUGGAGUUGGCAGGGAACGCGUCCAAGGAUCUCAAGGUGAAGCGCAUCACCCCACGCCACUUGCAGCUGGCCAUUCGAGGAGACGAAGAGCUGGAUUCACUCAUCAAGGCGACCAUCGCGGGCGGAGGUGUCAUCCCUCACAUCCACAAGUCUCUGAUUGGAAAGAAGGGCCAGCAGAAGACCGUAUAACCUGAAGUGCUCUGGAAGCGGUGCCAUCUCAGGACGAAGUCUGCAUCGAGUGGUUAUUUGUCUUAGAUUAGAACACCUUUAGGGGUUGUUUUGUAUGGUUGAGCUUGCAUUUACUCACCGGGGGUAUUUUUUAAAAGUGGCUUCAGAGAAGCUCAUUUUUUUUUGUGUUUGGCUUUUUUCCUUUUUCUGGUGCUGCAGUUUUUGUGUUGACACUUAAUUUUUUGACAUUCCCAUGGUCAAAGUGGUGUUUUAAUAAAGCUGUUGAUUGGG